CACACCAGUACACACCUGUACACACAUGUACAUACCAGUGCACACCAGUACACACCAGUACACACAUGUACAUACUGGUGUCUACACAUGUGUUAAAUGCACAUUGGGGUUGAUGAUAAUACUUUUGUACUUUUUCUUGAGUACUUUUACACUGUGGUAUUAGUACUUUUACUGCAGUAAAGGACCUGACUACUCUGAAUACUUCUACAUGUAAAUCAUUAACUUUUGUAUUAAUACUAACUAGAGACAGAGUGUUACUGUCUCUUUAAAUAAUUAACCCCUGCUCCUCACUCUGUGUGCGCGUGUGGCAUGAUGGCCGCUGCUCGUGACUCUCCUCUGUUUCUGGGCUUUGACUUCAGCACCCAGCAGCUGAAGGUGGUGGCCAUCGAUGAGAACCUGAACGUCGUUCACCAGAAUAAUGUGCAGUUUGACUCCGAGCUUCCUGAGUUCAGGACUCAGGGAGGAUUUCAUAUUCAUGCUGACAGACUGACGGUCACCUCACCUGUACUGAUGUGGGUAAAGGCUCUGGACCUGGUAUUGGACAAGAUGAAGGGGGCGGGGCUGGCCUACGCCCGUGUCAGAGCGUUGUCGGGCUGCGGCCAGCAACACGGCAGCGUGUUCUGGAGAAGAGGGGCGUCUGAGACCCUGAAGGACCUGGACCCGGACCAGGACCUGCACCAGCUGCUGCAGGACAGCUUCUCCGUGUCUCACUCUCCUGUGUGGAUGGACUCCAGCAGCAGACAGCAGUGUGAGGAGCUGCAGACAGCAGCAGGAGGAGCAGGGAGACUGGCAGAGAUCACAGGGUCCAGAGCAUAUGAGCGUUUCACAGGAAACCAGAUCUCCAAACUGAGACAGACUCGACCGGAAGAGUUCAAGAACACAGAGAGGAUCUCAUUGGUCAGCAGCUUCGCAGCCUCUCUCUUCCUCGGUGGUUACGCCUCCAUCGACUACAGUGACGGUUCGGGGAUGAAUCUGUUGGACAUCAGGACCAGAAACUGGUCUGAGAUCUGCCUGGACGCCACCGCUCCUCAUCUGGACCGACUGCUGGGCGCUCCGGUGCCCUCCACGUCUGUACUGGGUCCCGUCUCCGCCUACUUUGUGCAGCGAUAUGGUUUCUCUGAGAGCUGCAGGGUGGUGGCCUUCACCGGAGACAACCCGGCGUCUCUGGCAGGAAUGAGGCUCCAGCAGGGCGACGUCGCUGUCAGCCUGGGGACCAGUGACACGGUGUUCUUGUGGAUCCAGCAGCCUCGCCCAGCGCUGGAGGGUCACGUCUUCUGCAACCCGCUGGACUGGCGGGCCUUCAUGGCUCUGCUGUGCUUUAAGAACGGGUCUCUGACGAGGGAACGAAUCAGGAACGAGAGCGCUGGAGGAUCAUGGGAACUCUUUUCCGGUGCCCUGAGAGACACGCCGCUGGGCAACAAUGGACACAUCGGCUUUUAUUUUGACAGUAUGGAGAUCACACCUCCUGCAGUCGGAGUUCACCUCUUUGACCCCGACGACAACCAGGUGAGUGAGAAACAUUCAGACAGUUUAACUUCAGGUGACGUCUGAAACAUGUUCAGCUCGUCUUCACUCUUCAUGUUCUACGGCAGUGGUUCUCAACUGGUCUGGCUGCGGGAACCACCAUCACCCCUUAAUGACAA